AUGGUGCGCGCUCGAGGUUCCUUGACGAGCGCCCUCAUCAUCCUCAUCGGCCUUCUGACGGCGUCCAAGGUGUGCUUCACGGAGUUGGGUUUCCUAUCAGCUCGUGCCCGGUUGGUUUCCGUGGCCGCCGGCCUGGUUACCCCAGCCCAGCUGCACCCACCAACCGUCCAGCCAGUGCAGACGUCCAGAUGGCGGAGGGGCACCGGCGCCGGCAGCGUGCUUGCUGAUGCUGAGCUGUCCGCACAGGACCAGCAGAAACUGGGCAAUCUGGUGCUCUCCGGCGGCGCACUGUAUGUCAGCGGCGUCUACAACAGCACCUACAUGGCAGUCCUGGAAGCACACGAGCGAGCAGUCAAGAGAAGCGCGGAGGGCUCGAGCACCUGA